ACGUACACAAAUGUAUCAGCAGCAGCUGGUAUACUGACCAGCUACCAAACAAACUGCUGGAGAAACGGGGGAUACUGAAGCAGGUUUGAAAAAAUGCCUCCUGAGGGAAAAUCUGACAUGGAGCGAGUCGGCCUGUUCAAGGAGAUGGGCUACAUCUCCAUAGGGGACAAAUACACACCUUUUCUUUAUCGUGCAUUUAAUGAAUCUGCACAUAAGAAUAAGCAGAUGUUGGUUGGAGGAUCAAAAAAGAAAUCUGGGCUCCAGACUGGAUACUUCGACGCUCAGUUUAAGAGAAUCUUUGAGAAAGAGGCGUUGACAGACCUCAUCAAAAUCCAGCGACAGUACAAGCUAGAGCAGACCAAGAGGAACUUAGGAAAAGCCUUUCUGCCCAGCAGUGGAGAGAAGAAACGCUCAGGAAUUGGCAGCUACUAUGGAACGCUGGGGGGAUCUAUCCAGGCUAUGAGUCCCCUGAAGAUCCCCAAGCAGCCGUACAAAUCGCCGGGCAAGAACAUGUACACCAGCCCACCCAAGAAAGGAAGUGGAUAUGGAUAUCCAGGCGUCACCUUAGGCAAAUUGGAUUUAUAUUCUUCUGACCCAUAUGAUCGAGCAAAGGACAUAGUAAAGCGCGAGUUAAUUGCUCACAAAUCGAUGCUGAAAGGAGGGCCGUUUCGUUUGAACCUCCAUCCAAAGGAAUGCUUUGAUGCCAACCCUUACAAGCCCGAUAAACCUCUGCCGCCUUCAAAGAAGACGGAGGACAAAAAGACACACUUUGGUGUGCCUUUCAAACCCAGCUCUCCCAGCAAGAAGAUUGGGGGAAUGAAGGCAGGAACGUUUGAUCUCUAUCCCACCCACUCUGUGGACCCUUAUAUUCCCCGCAAGCCUAAAACAGCGGGCCUGAAUAAGGAGCUCAAAAUCUUCCACCCAUCGCCCGGCCCGAAGAGCACUCCAGUCAAGAGCAUAAUCUCCCUCAACGUCAACAAGUUUGUCAACUCCAAAAAUUGCAAUCAGAUCCCCUCCAUAAUGGCGUAUUAGCUGCAUGUGAUGUCUGGAUGUUGACUGCUGGCUAUGAAAUAUUACUCUGGCAAUGUUACUGUGGUGUUAAAAUAAAAACAUAUGCUCUCUUCCCAA